GUGCCAUGGGUGGGAGAAAUUCAACACCAGCUGCAGGAGGUGAAUCUAAGGAGAAGACAGGCAGGGAAGAUGGAAGCCCCCCAGGAAAAACCACCCUCGACAUCGCCAUCACAGGAGUGACAGGAGCUGGUAAAUCAUCCCUUGUCAACGCCCUGCGGGGCCUGUCAGAUUUUGAUGAAGAGGCAGCCAAAACUGAUGUGAUAGAAGGAACAAAAGAGCCAAUGGGUUAUCCACACCCUGCUUUUCCAGACGUAACAAUAUGGGACCUCCCAGGGAUUGGGACACCUGAUUUUAAAGCUGAGGAAUACCUAGAAAGGGUCAAUUACAGCCAAUAUGAUUUCUUCAUAAUCGUAGCUGCUCAUCGCUUCCUUGUCUGUGACAUCCAGUUGUCCCAGGAAGUUCAAAAAAUGAAGAAGCGGUUCUACUACGUCCGUUCCAAGAUGGAUGUCAGUAUUAAGAAUGAAAAACUGAACCCAGACUUCAGUGAGGAAGCAACCAUUCAAAAAGUCCGGAAAGACUGCCUUAGUAAUUUGGUGCAGGCUGGUAUUUCUUCUCCAGAGAUUUUCCUCAUCGCCAGUUGGUACCCGGAUAAGUACGAUUUCCCCCUCCUGGACAGGACCUUGAGGAAUGAAAUUGAGACUCUGAGGAGAUAUGUUUUAAGACCAGCUGCGCUGCCAGACUCAGAAAAGAAGAGCGAUGACAAAUCAACCAACACACCCAAAGGAAGUGGAAUCCGUUUCAUCCUCCUUCAAAAGAUGUUAAAAAUUGACCUUGCAAAGUUGAAGGAUGCUCUGAUGCAAAGAAAUCUCGAAGAAGUGACAGAGGAAAUACGUCAAGAAUUGGAUGCGUUACAAAAUGUCAAGCUCGACAUUGCCAUCACAGGAGUGUCUGGUGCUGGUAAAUCAUCCCUUGUCAAUGCCAUGCGAGGCAUGACUGAUUAUGAAGAUGGGGCCGCAAAGGUUGGGAUAACACAAACAACGAUGGAGUGUCAAGCCUAUCCACAUCCUUUAUUUCCAAAUGUAACCAUAUGGGACCUACCAGGGAUUGGCACACCUGAAUUUAGAGCAAAGGAUUACCUAGAGAAAGUUAAUUUUAGUGAGUAUGAUUUCUUCAUUAUUGUUGCUUUCGAACGCUUUACUGAGAAUGACGUCCUCCUGGCCCAUAAAAUUAAGGAAAUGAAGAAGAAAUUUUAUUUUGUGCGCUCCCAAAUGGAUGUCAGUAUGAUUGCUGAAGUAAGGAACCCAAGGUUCAGUAUGGAAAGAUCCCUUCAGAAGAUACAAAAAGAUUGCUGUGAUAACUUGACAGAGGUAGGAGAAUCUAACCCCAGGGUUUUCCUCAUCUCUAGACGAGACCUGGAUAUGUAUGGUUUCCCCAGCCUGCAAGAGGCCUUGGAAAAAGACCUGGAUGAUCUCAAGAGACACGCUUUAAUCCAGGCUAUGCCUGUCUUCUCAAGACAAAUUCUAAAAAAGAAAAAGGCUGCCAUGCAGAAACUCAUCAAGAAAUUUGCCAUUGUAUCCUGUGCUGUUGGGGCAAUUCCUGUCCCAGGACUCUCUUUGGUCUGUGAUGUUGGCAUCUUGGUAGGAGCACUGCUUCUUUUCUACAAAGUCUUUGGCUUGGAUGAAGAGUCCCUCCGCCGAGUUGCAAAAGUGAUGGGCAAAGAUUUCCAAGUGCUGAAAUCCGCUAUCAAAAAGUCCCCAAUGGCCAAUGAGAUUACUCCCAAACUUGUAGUUGGUCUCUUGUCCCGGUCUUUGCUUGUUGCAAGUGUCACCAUAGUUGAAUUUGUCUUCGAUUUCAUACCUGUACUGGGCUCUCUGUUCGGGGGCAUUGGUUCCUUCAUCACCACAUACUAUGUACUUUCUGGCUUCCUGAAGGACAUUGUGGAAGAUGCGGAGAACAUCCGUGCAAAAGCUGCUGAGCCUUGA